AUGGCAGAAGAAUCCAGUGGCCUCAAGAUGUCCCACAGCCUAGAAAAGAAGAAGAGAGAGAUCCUGCUCUCCACUAAGAGGGCUUGGCUUCCCCUCGAUGAGCAGCAACCCCCACUUCCCAGGGAGGAAAGCCAGGAUUCUCCCUUCCCAGAAAUAGAGAAUUCUAGACAAGAAAGUAUACAGCAGUGGUUGGACUCGGGUUUCUUUAUCACUGCACAUGAAAACCUGCAGCAAGCCGUCAACCAAACAGAUUCUUUGAAUAAACAAGGAGAGGUUCCAGAGACAGUGAGCAACUACAUGAGAUCCUUACUACAGUUUGCAGAAACUCCAGCAUUAUCCAGAGGGACCAGUUUCAACUCCUGCCCUUCUGUACCAAGUAUACCCAAAAGCAUUUCAGAAUGGCUGGAAUUCUGGCAGAAAGAUCCAGUGGAGAUUCUCCUCGAGCUGGGGUUUGGGGCUGAGGAGCCAGACAUCUGCACUAAAAUCCCAGCCCGCUUCCUCAGGGGCAGCUCUGCAGCAAAAGGCAUCAAUAUCUGGGUGUUCCUGGAAGCUCACAAACAAAGGAUGGAUUUUGAAACCCCUGACUUGUAUGGACGGUUUCGACAGCUAGAAGUGCUGGACCAUGUGACUAAUGCCUUCUCCUCUCUGCUGAGUAAUGUCAACAGCCUACAGAGGGAAGGGCAGGAGAAGGCACAGGCAGAGAAGCCUCAGCUGGCUGAGGGUAGGGUGAUCCAUGACAGACGCAGAAGGAUUGGCCAACUCUUGAGGAGAGCCUCGAAGCAGACCAUCAGAAGGGACUGCGUGCCGGGCCAGGCUGAGUCACUCAGGGUGAAGGAAGACCUUCCUGCCACCCCUGGGGAGCCAGACAAAUGUCCCUUGCUCCAGUCUAUCAGGAUGAACUUUGCUGACUGCAGCCACCUAUGUCCUUUGACAGAAGAGCAACCUCCCCUGGCCAGCAAUAAGCUAGUGUCCCAUGAAGCUUCACCAUCUGUUCCAGGCAAACCAUGGCCUCCUCUCUUGUCCAUGUCCCUAAAGCAGCCACCUCUUCCUUGUACUCCAGAAGGGUCAACCAGAGACAGAGGCUUCCAGGAGAAAGGACUGCUUCUGUCCCACAGACUCAGGCAAUUGGUACACAUGGACAGGAAGCCACCAGACUCUUUUGAAAUGGAAGAGGUACAGAGCUUUGAGGAGGAACCUGGAAAUCCACUGGAGGCGACCUCAGGCACUGUCGGUGCUGGGGUGACAAGAGCCAGCAGCUGCCAGUCAGACAGCAGCGGAUUCCUGGAGGAAUCUUAUGAGCCCUUCCCUCUCCAGGUAUCGACAGUAGCUCUUUGGGGAUACAUCAGCAAACCUUUGACUCAAAGUCAGCUGUCCAUGGUGCCCAGUUCAAGCAUGGCAGUUGCUGCUGCUGUUGCUGCUGCUGCUGGCACCACCAUCAUCCCUGGGAUUGGCAUCACUCUGGCCUUGCUUCCUGCUCGUACCAACACCACCUCCAAGUUCAGCUCACCAAGACUGUGA